GUUCAUGGAAGAAUGAAUGAUCAUUUUUGAGCCCACCAAAACACGGAUAGGCACCAGGUGAACCUGCUUUGACUGGUACUUGUGAUUUAACAGCACACUCGGGUUGAUCAAAAAGCCUUGUACACGUCGAGGGCUCUGAACUCCGCAACCCACCGUUGAAGCGACAUUCUCGCAUUCCCUCCGAACCUACCCCUCCUCCUCUCUAUAAAAGAAAUAUGGGCUGGCUACCGACAUGGCUAGGUGGUUCAGCGCCUGCACAACCAGAACCAGUGCGGAAGAAGUCUUCCGACGGUGGCUAUGUAGCCCCCGACCGCAACGCUCGAGAUCUUUGCUACGAAUCAAGAGAUCUCUUCUUUGAGUGUCUGGACAAGAAUGAUAUCCUGAGUGCCGUCAAGGAAGACGAAAAGGCGCGCAAAGUAUGCCCGACAGAGUACGCCGAAUUCGAGCGAGACUGUGCAAAGACAUGGAUCAAAUACUUCAAGGAGAAAAGAGUCAUGGAAUAUAAUCGCGAUAUGACGAUAGCGAAGAUCAAGGCAGAAGAUGAUGCGGUGGUGGCCAAGUUGAAGGCGGAGAGAAAAGCUCGAGGAGCGUGGUUUUAAUGGUCGUUCGAUGGACGAUAGAGGUGUUAUCGACCAAUAUACUGUGCCAAAAGACCAAUCAGCAUUCCACAAGAUCCCCAGGGAAAGACACUCGCCAGUUUUAUAUCGGCCGGUCAUCCGGACUCACAACCAGAUGGAAAGUUCGCCGACGCAGUUCAAUGGCUUUGUAUAGUAGUAAACAGUUGGAAAUGUACGACUGGACAAGAAUGGUUGCAUAGCGAGGGAUUCCGAGAUUUCAAUUGUCAGGCUUCAUCAAAGCUAUUGACAACUACCAAUAAUAUCAUCUUCGCUCACA